AUGACGAAACCACAUCUUGCUACUGCAUGCGCCUCAUCGAUCUGCAUCUCCUCAUGCGGCAACUUUGGUGUAGUUGGCUACACAUCUGGUCACAUCGACUGCUUCAACCUACAAAGUGGACUGCAUCGGAAAUCAUUCAAGUACAGCGAGCGGAAGAGUAAAGCCCAUCAGUCCGCAGUGCAAGGAUUGGCACUGGAUUUAUUCAACAAACAACUGGUCUCAGCCGAACGAGAUGGACUUCUUCGUUUCUGGGAUUUUCGAUGGGUAAAACUGAUCGCUGAAUUGAAAGUCCCAUCGCCGGUUGUACAGUUUUGCAUGUGCAGCACUAAUUCACUGCUGGCUAUCGGUGUUGGCAAUGGCUCAAUUGGAAUAGUGGAUGUAUUGUGUCGGAAAGUUGUGAGAAUUUUCAGCGGAGCGCACAAAUCAAAACUCACAGCUUUGGACUUUUCGCCCGACGGCAAAUGGCUUGUCAGUGCCGACGAAGAUGGAUUAAUCAAAGUUUGCCUUUCAAUUCAUAUUUUAAACACUUCUGAAACGCAUUUGCACUGCUGA